GUCCAAAAUCGUUGUUGUAGGGCGUCGUCGGCUUAACCACUGCCUUACAUCUCGCCCGCAAUGGCCACGACGUGUCCAUCGUCGCCAAACACAUGCCCGGCGACUACGACAUUGAAUACUGCAGUCCGUGGGCCGGAGCAGAUUACUCCCCGAGUCUCGCUACACGACAAUGGAUGAAAAUCUCCACUUCUCCCUCGACGUCCAAAGAAGCGGUGGAGGAAAUCGGUCGACGGGCUACGGCACUUGAGCAGAAUACUUGGCCGGUGCUGGAGAAGUUGGCGCGAGAUGUUCCUGAGGCUGGGUUGCAAUUCCAAGAAAUGCGAAUCCUCAUUCGCGAAAAGGACACUUCGUCCCCAACCGCCGACCACCUCAUCUCCCUCGCCGCUACACCUCGCAGCAAAAUCCCCCCUCAGAUCCAAUCACUCGUUGACUCGAUCAAACCCGUCCCUCGGCAUCAACUCCCCCCAGGCUUCACCUCAGGCACAUCCGCAACAACAAUCUCCUUCAAUCCCACCCUCUACCUCCCCUGGCUAGCCAGCCAAUGCCUAGCGCAAAACUGCACCCUCUCACGCGCCUUAAUCACGCACAUCACCGCCGCCGCUUCCCUGCAUCACUCAGGCUCCCCCGCUGACGUGGUAGUCAACUGCACGGGCCUCUCCUCCCUAACUCUAGGCGGAAUCGAGGAUGAGAACCUCUUCCCUGCCCGCGGGCAGUCGGUUCUCGUCCGCAGCGAGCCGGGGUAUAUAGUCAGCUCCUCGGGCACGGACGAAGGCGAGUCCGAGAGCGCGAACAUCAUCACCCGCGCUGGGGGAGGGGGAACCUUCCUAGGCGGAUGUCUGCAGUUCGACAACUGGGAUGGAAACGUCGAUCCGCGGCUCGCGAGCAGGAUGCUCAGGCGGUGUGUGGAGGUUUGUCCGGAGCUUGUUGGCAAAGGGCAGGGGACGGAGGGGUUGAGUGUGAUUCGGUAUGGGGUUGGAUUGAGGCCUUUGCGCAGGGGUGGGGUGCGGAUUGAUGCGGUGGAGGUGGAGGGGGUCAAGGUGGUGAAUUGCUAUGGGCAUGGGGGAGCGGGGUAUCAGACUUCUUGGGGGAGUGCGGAGGAGGUGAGGAAGUUGGUUGGGCGGGCUUUGGAAAGGACGAAUGGAGUGGGACAUGAUUAGUCUCGUUAGAUAGAUCUGUUGGCAUACUCUCCGUAUCUUGGAGCUGAUCUCAGCGGCUCGACUGCUAGCGAUGAUGUCCGCAUCAGCGACAUGCCACCU